AGAAACUCAACGAAAAAAAAAACAAUAAGACAUGGUGUGCUUUUGUUUUCUGGUGGACCAAACUCGGGAAGUAAGGCGGAGCAAGCUUGCAGCAGGGGUUUGUUCUAGGUGCGGCGGGGGAGCAAGCGUGGCGGAUAUGAAGACCUCCACCAGGUUCUGCCUUGUGCCAUUGUACUGGAAAUCAUGGAGUGCUGUUAUGUGCACUUAUUGUGGCGCCAUUCUUAAAUCUUAUCACUGAUUAUGUUUCUUAAUUACUGAGAUCAAACCCUCGAAACAUGCUUUGCUUUCUCAUGUAAUGUUAUAUAUGAACUUAUUUUAUUCUUCUC